UCGCGCAUCGUCGCGCAUCUUGCGUUUGCUUUCGCAUUGCAUUGCUCGUCCUUCAUAUACCUACUUUGUCCCACCUCGAGAUGGCUACGACACGGUACACAGCGAACGACCUGCGGCGCCAGGUAGGGUCGCCGCGAUCCAAGGGACGCGAAAACAAAGAUACCCUCUGCCGCAACGUAGUUAUUUAUGGGAAUUGCCGCUACGAAGACCAAGGCUGCACCUUCAACCACGACCAGAACAAGAUGUCGUCUUCUCAGACAGAUCUCACUUCUAAGAAAACAUUCAAUGUCGACUCUCCAUCGUUCACGCCGGCAGGCCAACCUCAGCCACCUGCAAAAAAAUCCACCUUCUCAUCCCAGGCAGCAAGCGCCGCACCCUUCACACCCCGUGGAGCUAAUGUCACCCCAAACCUACAACAGCAAGCCACCGCUGAAACGUCUAUAUUUAAUCCGGCAGCAAUUCGGGAAUUUACCCCGCAAAACUACGACAUAGGAAAUACCAACUCUGUAAAUGGUGCUGCCCAAGACAGCGUAUAUAACGAUCCUUUCACAUCCAUGAACUCUCUGGGGCCGGCCCUGCCUCCUGCAGGCCAAUUCAACCCUUACGCGAAUGACCACAGUACCAUGGGGGGAUCCGGGGCAACGUUCUACCCUCAGCACGGAAGCUUCCCAGCUGGCCUUACGCAGCCACCAAAUUAUCAUCUUUACACCCCCUACGACUCGUAUCGGCAAGACCUACAGCCGUGGCAGCGGAGCACAUACGAUUUCUUCAUGCCAGAAAAGAUGCGGGAACACAUGCAGAAGAAGAUGUAUGCGACUCAGCAAGUCAUGCCCAGUCUACCGCAGCUCGAGCGCUGGCAUUCUCUAGUUCCACUCGAUACAAACAACAGGAAGAACUCGUCCUCUUUUGGCUAUCCUAGUUGGAUGUACAAAGCCCAAAACAGUAGAACGGGAAGACACUACGCACUGCGAAGAAUUGAAGGCUAUCGAUUGACCAACGACAAGGCCAUUACGACGGCCAUGAAAGAAUGGAAGAAAAUUAAGAAUGCAAACAUUGUAACCGUUCAUGACAUUUUCACCACCAGAGAGUUUGGAGACAGCUCGCUCAUCUUCGCGUACGACUAUCAUCCUUUGUCGGCAACGCUGCAGGAACACCAUUUCCCGUCUCAUGGCCCUCGGUUCAGGGCACUAAACUUCAUUCCGGAGAACGUCUUGUGGGGCUAUAUAUGCCAGAUCACGAAUGCGCUGAGGAUCAUCCACUCGUCCAAGCUCGCUGCUCGCUGUCUCGAGCUCAGCAAGAUUAUUGUCUCGGAGAAGGAUCGUAUUCGGCUCGCGGCAUGCUCCAUUCUGGACGUGGUGCAGUUUGAAACAAACACGAGGUCCAUCUUGGAGCUACAACAGGAGGAUCUCAUCAAAUUUGGCAGGGUUAUGCUUUCUCUGGCAACGAAUACUCUGCCUGUCCAUCUGAAUAAUAUUCAAGCAGCUCUCGACUCUCUUGGGACAAAGUAUACGUCGAACCUGAAGGAGGCCAUUGCGUGGCUCAUCUCGCCGGUGGGACCCGGUGAAUUAAAACCGUUUGAUAAUUUUAUCACCGGUAUUUCUACGCAAAUGACUGCCUUCUUCGACCUUGCACUCCAGGAUGGCGACGAGAAGGAGUCAAUACUGGCCAAAGAGCUGGAGAAUGGACGCGUAGCUCGCUUGCUGAUGAAAUUGGCCACUAUUACGGAGCGCGGCGAUUUGGCUGGCAUGCAGGGCUGGUCCGAGACUGGAGACAGAUACCAGCUUAAGCUAUUCCGCGACUACGUCUUUCAUCAGGUGGACGCUGAUGGGAAGCCCCGGCUGUCUAUUGGACACAUACUGAACUGUCUGAACAAGCUGGACGCCGGGCUCGAGGAGAUGGUUGUUCUAACGAGUCGCGACAACGACAACGUCUUUGUUCUUACCUACCGAGAGCUCCGCCAAAUGUUUGAACGAUCGUUUAAUGAACUCGUCAAACACAGUAAGCACGGUGCUCCUGGGGCGAACUAGAAGAAACCAUCAGGAGAAAAUACGGGGAACAGAAGGUCGAAGUCUGAACCGCUGCCCGCUCCUCCCAGCCAGGUGACAUUAAAUCCCGUGGCGGCACCAUGGAUUCCCGAUUAAGGAACCGAUCUGGGCACACAUACAGCGGAGAAAGGCACACAAAAGCCUAAUAAGGGGACAGGAGAGCAGGGUGGUUUAACAGCGGCUUGUGGA